GUUUUCCUUCUUGUCUUGCUCUGCUCUUUAGAAGGAAGUAAACUCCUCUAAUCAAGCCAAAUGCAAAGCUAUCAAAAUUAUUCCUGAACCUUUUGUUGGCGAGACAAGUUAUUUCUCUGAAUCAGCUGACAUAGCUCCAGAUCAGAGCUCCUUCGUCGCACAAAAACAGGAUGAAAGGGUCAUCGUUGCUUCUCAAUUGAGUAUACCUUCUGAAGGUUUAUGUAACAAAGGAAAGGAGAUGAUACUGCUCUCUCAGGACAUUGCAAGAUCCUCAAAUCUAUCCUUAGAUGAUAACCUAUGUUCUGUUGUUCCGUGCAGUUUAUCGUCUGACCAUCUGUCUUCUCCUUCAGCUGCAUACAAUCAUGUAAAGGAUGAAAAACAACAGCGCUUUGGUUCCACAACUGAAUGCGCUACAAAAUUGCAGAAAUACUCGGUUCUUGAUAAUCAGGUGGUUCAUGGGAAACAGCUUACCACUCCGAAGAUUAAUAGAGAAGGGAUGCAUCUCCCAGUUCACCGAGAAGUAACCUCUCUAAGAACUUAUAGCGUACUCCCUAGCAAUGGGACUUCUUCAGAGAAAGCGUAUUGUUUUGAUACAUCAUUUUCAUUGGGAAGAACUGAUGUACCAAUGCUAAAGCCAGUAGCUCAAAUGACAAACAAAAAGGGAAAUGGUGAUGAUACUCCAAGAGACAUGAAUGAAUUCACAGUGGCUAUGCCCACAAAUACAAGCUCACCCUUUAUAUUGAACCCUGGAUCACGGCGUCGUUUCCAAGUUUCAAAAGCAUUUCAACAUGAUUUUGGGAUGGGAAAGGAUAGAAAGCAAACAAGAGAAGAUCAAGCUACUACAGUGUGUCCAAAAAGAAAGCGUGUUCGCUUUUCAGAAACUGAAACUGAGAUUCAACGGAGGAAGGAGCCUAAAAAGUCACACGUUGCACUAAAAUCUCGUCAGGCGCCCAAAGCUGCUAGAAAUUUGGGACUUCCAACUUCACAUUUGGAGUCAAGAACUCAGGAACUCAAGAAGCGUCUAACAAAUUCUUGUGUUAGAGUUGGAAGAAGAUCGAUGUUCAAAAAUAUAGAAUUCUUAGUGACAGGAUUUUUUAGGCAGCGAGAGAAGAAACUUGAAGACCUAAUCAAGAAUUAUGGUGGCAUAGUUCUCUCUGAUAUCCCCUCUCCUUCAGUUAAUAGGGGUCAGAGAUGCAAGGGACUUAAGACUCAGGCAGUUCCUGUUGUUCUUUGUUCAAAGAAGAUUUUUGACGACUUUUAUUUUUUCCGGGGAGCAGGGAACCUCUGUUUAGUCCAGAUUUCAGUAUCUUUUACAUCAACAGCUCAACUAUGGAAUUCCAACAAAGAUGUAUGGUUCGAAUGGGUGGAGAGAAGCAGCAACAUGAUGAGACGUUCAUCCAUGGGCAGAAAGGCAAUGGAAUGGAUUUGUUUUGUACUUAAAGAAGCAUCGACAGAUCAAAUGAAUUUAGUGAAGCGAUGGAAGUACAAGGAACAUAUGACAGAACAUUUCUGUACCAGGAAAUUCAACGUUCAUGGAAGAUACAUGAGCAUUCUGUCACUGAAGGGAGAAGGGAGGUCUGUUAUUAUAAUUCCAGAGUUAGCUUUGAAUGCAGGUUGGAAAGACAUAGCAGCUAAGAUAGAAAGAUUCAUACAUCAGACCCCCAAAAUGAAUCCCACAGCCCCACCUAGAAUCACUGUGGACAACUACCCUUAUGUCAAAGCAAUCAAGGAGAGUAAAUGGCAAUCCAAUACCCUUCGAGAGGCAAAGGUCAGCAUAAACAAUGGAGAUAUCUCUGUUGUGGAACCGACAGGUAGCGAGGAUUCUGGUUUACUAAAAAGAUGCAUUGUCGGGUUUUUUGGGAAAGAAAUCAACGAGAGACCCACUUUAGCAGACAUAAGGCGAUGGGCUUGUGCGUCAUGGAACAAAGCAUAUGGAGUAAACAUGUAUGAAAUGACAGGCAACAUGUUUCUUUUUGAAUUUCCAAACAGAUUCAUGGCGGAGCAGAUUAUGCAAGGAGAAUGGAGUUGGAAAAAGUUCAAGCUUCAUCUGGAAUGGUAG